AAGGGGAAACAGACAUUGCUCCUCUCCCCACAGAGAUGAUUGGUGGUUGUUCUCGAUGCUUGAGCUGCUUCUUUACGUGCAGUGCUCUGCUGCUGUUUGGGGUCUCCCUCCAUGAAGUGGAGGCUUCCAGUUGUCAGCGUGUCAUCCAUAAAAUAGUUGGAGACACGGUGGAGUUUUCAUCAUGUUUACCAACUGGAAAGGUCAACUUGGCAAGAUGGAAAUAUGGAACGUCAAUAAUUGCAGACAAAGAUAAUGUUGUUCCUGAAAGACAGUUCACGGACAGAUUAAACCUAAACCCCACAAACUUUAGUUUAACAGUGAGAGGGCUGACUCUCCGAGAUUCUGGAGAUUUCAGUUUUAUCUCAGAGGUGAAUGACAAACAAAGGGACACAGUCACCAUCACCCUGCAAGUUCAUGAGCCCAUAACUGAACCUCCUGUCCUGUCUGGCAAUUCUACCUGGCGCACCUCGACCAACUCAUGCACAGUUUUGCUGGAGUGCAGUGCAACCUCUGACAGCAGUGUCACCUACAACUGGACUGUGAGGAACCAAACCAUAAGUGGCUCCAGUCUGCAAUACAGCAUCAGGCCACAGGAUGGAGACACCAAAAUCACCUGCACAAUUUACAAUUUUGUCAGUGAGAAGUCAGCAUCCAAAAUAGUGAAGUGCAGCAACAAUAAACAAGAAAUAAUGUCCAUGUCCUUGAAUAUUGUACAGUUGAUUAUUGGGCCAGUUAUUGGACUUUUACUGAUGAUUCUACUGCUGCUCUCACUGCUUUGCUACACGAAGUCAAAGGAUCAAUGUUGUAACAGGCCCACCCAGUCUCAAACGGUCAACCAAGAUGAAACUCAACAGCAUGUGUACUCCUCUCUUCUCCAUGGUGAUGGUUCUGUCUAUGAAACAAUGAGGGGCUCUGGAGAUGCUAGAACAGGUGGACCAGCAAAUCAGUACAGUAAUGUAACAAGUGAAGGUUGUGUCUAUGAAUAAAUGAGAGGCUAUUAGGAAGGUGGAAAUGGUCCAUAAAGAGAAGUGCAUCAUCAACAAAACAAGAGAAGCACAGAUGAAAUGACAUGAAACCCGACCUUCAUGUUUAGGUAGUUUUUGCAGCAUUUAAAUAACGGCUUUAUGAUUUUCUAUGCUAUAUUCCAAAGGGGAUGAAUGAACAUCUAAUUCAGAGGUCAGUGAGAAAGCUCUUGGAAAGACACCAACAACUGUUUUUUCAAAUGUGAUUUGCUGUUGUUGAAGAAAACAGAUUACGAUGCAUGCCUGUGCAUUCAUCUGUCCUUUCAACUCAACUGUAUAGAUAGUUGGCUCAUGGAGGAAACAGAGGACUCCUUUUAUGUUUUAUCUUUUAAAGCUUGAUAUUUUACAUUGUUAUAAACAGCAAGAGGUACAUUUUGCUGUCAGUAUUUUUUUUCUUACACUGCUAAAAUGUUCUCAAGUUGCAGGUUUACAUUUUUAGCCACUGGGUGGUGCCAUGUGGUUUUUCUUUCAGCAACUCAAUGCUUAGUGGUUCCUGUGGUCAAAUACCAUUGCUGAUGCAUCUGUGACUGCAUGCAUGACGUAUAACUUAAUGCAUUAGCUCAUUUGUAAUAUCAUUGAAUGAGAAUUUUUUGUAGUUUUCAACAAUUUAAAAUGUUUCAUUCAAAAUUGUUUUUCCUCCAUUCGGGCAAACAAUGGUACAUGUUGCUCCCUGUUUAUUCUUAAAUACUAUCUAUGUACGUUGUAUGUAUGUUGCAUGUAACUAUAUUUGUUAUCUUUUAAGUAAUGGUCAAUACCUGUGAGUAUUGUAAUUCCACUGAGAUUCAUUUUUAUGUCAACUAGUUUUAUGUCAAAAAUGAAUGAGCAGCUCUAACUUGAUAGAAAUAGUAUUGUGACAUAAAUAAAAAUACACUUUUGAACUCA